UUGUAAUGAGUUUGACUGUGCCUUGAGGGAAGAAAAACCUGUGACACCUGUGGCAGGUGCUACAGGGUAUGCAGAACUCAAGAAAGACUAUGAUGUUAAGAUGGAAAAGUGGAACAAGUCCAACCAUAUUGCGCUUCUCAUCAUGAAAGCGACAAUAUCGCCGGACAUUUCUGAAGCACUCCCUAAGAAAGACACUGCUAAAGAAUUCCUCACUGAAAUGGAGGAGCAAUUUAAAGGCUCCGACAAAGUGUAUGCUCAUGAGCUUUUUGCUAAGCUUCUUCAGAAAUACACUAUUGAUGGAAACGUUAGGCAACACAUAUUGAGGGUGGUAAAUGCUUACACCAAACUUAAGGCUUUGGAGUGUUCUUUAAGUGAAGCCCUUCUUGUCAUAAUUAUUCUUGAGUCUCUUCUAGAAGAGUUUGAACAAUUUAAGGUCAACUAUAACUCUCUAAAGGAAAAAUGGCAACUCUCUGAGAUGACCGCAAGGAUCGUCCAGGAGGAAGAGAGGAUCAUGAGGCAGAAGAAAGACCAUGUUUUUCAUGUUGGCUCUCACAAGAGAAAGCAUGACAGGCAAGGUUUUCCCAAGCCUCAGAAAAAGCAAGUCAAGAAAGAAGGCACUAAGCCAUUCAACCCUAAGGCAUUCAAGGGUAAAGAAGCCGGCAGUUCUUCUUCUGCUCCUAGCAGCUCCACUGUUGGAGAAAAUGCUUGUAACUUCUGCAAAGAGGAGGGACACUAUCAAAGGGACUGCCCAGGCUUUCUAAAAUGGAUGAACAAAAGAGGGAUUCGAUACGAUCCAAACUAUAAGAGGAGGAACAAGAAAGCUUAAGGUUGCGAAUGGAGUUGAGGCCGAUGUUGAAGCUGUGGGAUCUCUCACGUUGGAGCUACACACUGGCCACACUCUUAGAUUGAAUAAUGUUAUUUAUGUGCCUACCUUAAGUAGUAAUUUGAUUUCAGUUUCUCGUUUAGAUGAUGAUAUGUAUGAGUGCCAUUUUGGCUAGAAACAAUUUGCUUUGAUCAAAUGUAAUAAGAAUGUAGGCAUCGGUGUUAGACGAGGCCAACUAUACAUCUUAUCUCUUAAUAAUGAUUCAAUUAUGCAUGUGAGUGAUGAAAUUAAUGUUGAGAAGAAAUGGAAAGGAGUUAGUAAUUCUUCGAAAUUGUGGCAUU